AUGGCCGCGACGACGCUUCCCAGCCCGCCGAGCGCGACCGAACUCCACGCCAUUGUCAUUGCCGCGUACGAACCGUCGUGGCAGCUGUGGCAAAUGGAUUUUGUGGACGAAAUCCAACUCGACUUGGAAGCGAUGCAGCCAUUGACAUUGCAAGCCAUCGCCAUGUACCUCGAGACGCUGUCGUACUAUUAG